AGCUGGAGCGCCGGAGGAAGAGAAGGAUCAGCUGAACUACAGAAGAAAUUAAAUUAUUCUCCAGAACUUCAUCACCAACAACCAGGAUAUUUAACUAAGAGCAAUGUUAAUGCUGAAAGAGUUGAAGCACAAGCCGUCCUGAAGAAUCUCCAGAACACGCAGAAAUUGUUUGCUACAUUUAAAAGGCAAAUGAAGCAAAGUCCCAACAUGGAGAAACAGCAGCACUCUGUCAAGAGUUUUACUAAACAGAGUGAUCUCCACCAGCGCAUUCACACAGGAGAGAACCCAUAUCACUGCUCAGACUGUGGGAAGAGUUUUACUCAUCAGAGUAAAUUCAAAAUACAUCAGCGCAUUCACACAGGAGAGAAACCGUAUCACUGCUCAGACUGUGGAAAGAGUUUUACUCAACAGAGUAAACUCAAAAUACAUCAGCGCAUUCACACAGGAGAAAAAACGUAUCACUGCUCAGACUGUGGGAAGAGUUUUACCGAACAGAGUGAUCUCACAAAACACCAGCGCAUUCACACAGGAGAGAAACCAUAUCACUGCUCAGACUGUGGAAAUAGUUUUACUCAACAGACUAAACUCAAAAUACAUCAGCGCAUUCACACAGGAGAGAAACCGUAUCACUGCUCAGACUGUGGGAAGAGUUUUACUAAACAGAGUAAUCUCAAAAUACAUCAGCGCAUUCACACAGGAGAGAAACCGUAUCACUGCUCAGAUUGUGGGAAGAGUUUUACUCAACAGAGUAAUCUCAAAAUACAUCAGCGCAUUCACACAGGAGAGAAACCGUACUCCUGCUCAGACUGUGGCACAAGUUUUAAUCAUCAGAAUACUCUCACACUGCAUCAGCGCAUUCACACAGGAGAGAAACCGUAUUACUGCUCAGACUGUGGAAAGAGUUUUACUUCACAGAGUGAUCUCAUAAAACACCAGCGCAUUCACACAGGAGAUAAACCAUAUUACUGCUCAGACUGUGGGAAGAGUUUUAAUCGACAGGGUACUCUUCAAAUUCACCAGCGCAUUCACACAGGAGAUAAACCAUAUUACUGCUCAGACUGUGGGAGGAGUUUUACUCAACAGAGUAAUCUCAAAAUACACCAGCGCAUUCACACAGGAGAGAAAAUUAUCCCAAAUUUGUCCCACGACAAGUCAAAGUGCAAAUCGUAAAUCUUUCGGACAGAACACCUUAUCCUACACGAAUGUUUCACUUUGUCGAGUGGGACAAAGGAUUUUACAGAUUCAGCAAAAUUAUUCUUAUCCAGCGAUUAUGUUCAUUGAAUUUAAUGUUAUGUUUUCUUGUAUGUUUGAUAUUCCAGAACAUUUUUUGUGAGACAGAGCUCAGUUUUUAGGCUAGUUACGGUAGGAGUUCAGUUUUGAAGAAGGGAAGGUAGUUCGAGUGAGGGCACUGCCAGUGCUUGCACCAAAUGUUAGAUUAGCAUAACUUAGUCUUUAAAAUUUAAAUGUUGUAGUUGUUGUUAGUAGGGGCAGCACGGUGGCGCAGUGGGUAGCACUUCUGCCUCACAGCAAGACUGCCUGGGUUUGAUUCCCGGCUGGGGCAACCCGGGUCUUUCGUGUGGAGUUUGCGUGUCUGUGUGGGUUUCCUUUGGGUGCUCCGGUUUCCUCCCACAGUCCAAAGACGGCACGUUCAGGCUAAUUGGAUGUCAGAUACAAAUUGCCCCCUAGGUGUCUGUGUCUUUCUGUGUCUGUUUGCCCUGCGAUGGAUUGGCGCCCUGUCCAGGGUGUAUCCUGCCUUCCGCCCGAUGCCGGCUGCACCCCCCCGCGACCCUUAAUGGAUAAAGCGGUUGUUAAUGACUUGACUUGACUAGUUGUUAGGAGUAAAGUAGGAUUCUUAGCCUGCAACUAUGCGUUAUAUUUCAAAAUGACAUUUCCUGACUAUUUCUUCACUCAGCCUCGCUCAAGAGCCCUAAAUGCAAGUUUAGGGUAAAAAUUUUUUAAUUCUUUUGACAUUCCUUUAGACGCUGUCAGUCGUAAACCUGGAUUUAGGACCGUUAAUGUUUAAACAUCUGGAACUGUGCACAAUUGUGGUUUUGCCAACAGCACCAUCACCAGGACAAGGACGGGACUGCCGUACUUGAGAGAGUGUUCAAGACUUAAUGAAUGCAUUGGAAAUUGUAAAUUCACCAAAUAUCAUACCAAUUAAGGGGUUUGUGCUUAGUUAUUUCUGCAAUCACUUAGAAAUAAGAUUCAUAAAGUUAGGAGAAAUGUUCUAAGCUUGGAAUUCCAUUUUUAACAUUGCAGACCACAAGUCAGUGGGCUGAUAAGCGACUCUUUUUUAACCAACCUCUCCCACGGUCGUAAAUUCCGGCCAGCAGCUUUGUCUAAACAUUCACUGCAGAGGGAAUGUAAUUUUUCACUAAGAAUUACUUAAAAUAUAGAUUGACUAUAUAAAAAAAGGUGUUUUACAGAUAUUUACCAAAUGCCACUUCUGGUAUAUGUGUUUGGAUAUGUCCUGAUUAAAUUUUCCUAUUGAAGUCUGAAUCAGCAAGAUUUAACUAGCAUUUGAUAAUUUAGCUAUAUUUGGUUAUUAGUGGUUUAACCAUGUUGUAUCUUUUAAGUGAUUUAAUUGGGUUUAAAUAAUAACAUGACUCUUGAUCUCUUUUUGACAAGGUACCAUCCAUUGUUGUAUUUCUAAGAUUAUCUUGUAAUUGUAAGAUUGUUGUUUCCUGAAUUUAUCCUCACAAACUGGUAUGCUGAAGACUGUAUUUUGAUCCACUGUUUAAUUGAGUUUUCUUUUGGUUUGGUCUAUUAGUAAAAUAAAAAAAUCUCUCACUAGCUGAA